AAGUUUAGCUCUUUGUGGCACUGUGUAAAGCUGAACUAAAAGGGUAAGACUCUCUUUGAAUUUGCUGUUUUGUGUUCAAAGUGGUGAUUAAGAGAGUUGAUGAAGAAAGGGUCUGUUUCUUUGAGCCAUCUGGGUACCUUUCCAAGCCCACGAGCUUCGGAUUACCGUGAUAAUGGCGCGGUGGUGAGUCAAAAAGGGUGGAGUUCCGAGCGAGUGCCGCGUUCUUCAGCUAACAGCAAUGGCGGUAACAGAAGACACAUCAGUGCUUCUUCUUUGACGCCUUUUUACAGUGGGAGAACUUUGCCUUCCAAAUGGGAAGACGCCGAGAGGUGGAUUUGUAGCCCCAUUUUGGGUUAUGGUGUUAGCAAGAACGUAAACUAUCAGUAUCAGAGGAGGCCAAAGUCUAAAAGUGGGCCUAUCUUGCCUCCGGGGAUUGCUUUCUACUCCAAUUGCUCGCCGUCCAUGAACUUACAUGAUGGUGGUGGAAGUGGGAGUGUGAAGAAUUUGAUAGCGGGGUCUCCAUUUUCUACUGGGGUUUUGAUGGCUGAUGGGGUUUCCGUUCAUUAUGUUGGUUAUAGAGCUGCCGUCUCCGCUGCAGCUGGCGGAGACAGUGACGGUGAGCAACCUUGUAUAGCGCAUAGUGAUAAUAACGUGGCACGGUCCACUAUUAUACCUGGAUGGUCAGAUUUGGUUAGUGAGUCUUCAUUGCCAAGCUCUCAAGAUGAGAAAAUUGAUGAAAUCAAGGAUGCCAAAAUGAUGAUCAAUCGUGUAGUUUCACGGAGAGAUAUGGCGACGCAAAUGAGUCCGGAUGAGAGUAGCAACCACUCAUCUCCGAGAGAGAGGUCUUCCUUUGGCCACUCACCUCCUCCUAUCCUUCCUCUUCCUGCUGUGGACAACAAUGAUCACCCUUCUAAACUGGAUAUCAGGGAAGUGCAGAUAGACAAGCGAGCCACCGUUACUAACUGGUCAAGACGCGGAUUGAGAAGAAUCAAGAAAGGCAAGCCAGAUUUCGAUGACUUCUACCGAAACAGCGCACCAGCUUCUGUUUUAUCCCUGGACAUCUCAGAGGCUUCGACAAGCAUUUCAAAGUUGCAAAGAGAGGAAGCAAAGAUCAGCGCAUGGGAGAACCUGCAGAGAGCAAAAGCCGAGGCAGCCAUACGAAAAUUAGAGAUGAAAUUAGAAAAGAAGAGAUCAGCAUCACUGGAUAAGAUCUUGAGAAAGCUGAGAACGUCUCAGAUUAAAGCUCAAGAGAUGAGAAAUUCAAUAUCAAACAAAGAGGACGAACAGAUUCCAAGGGCUUCAGCAAAGUUUACAUUCUUCCAUAUCCCCAUGCGUUAUUUCAGCACUUGUUUCACCUGCCAUGGUUUCUAGUUUCUAUAUUUUUGUAAAUCUUAUAUGAUCUCCAUGGCCUCAAAUCUUUUCCAGCAAUGAAGCAUGUGUUUCCAGAUUUUAUUUUUGUUUGUUAAAAUGCCUGCUGGUUUCUCGGCUUCUCUGCCCUUUAAUGCAAAGUAUCUUAGAAUUCUAUAUUCAAUGAUCCAGGAUACUGCUGAGACUUCAAGCUCUUGUUCUUGGUGUA